AUGGAGAAACAGAGCGUCAACCUGUGCGUACUGCUGAGCACCUUGGCUGUAGCAGUGCAAUCCGUGGAUGUGUUGAGGAGUGUCAAGGUGCAAACUUACCAGCCCCAAGAGGCCACCGUGCACUGGGAUGCUGCCCAGAAAAGUGUGAUCCUGAAGGAGGGGGUGAUGGAGACCGAGGGGGGAGCCUACGGUUACUUCAAUGACUCUCUGCUCCUCUCUGGAUGGGGCGUCCUGGAGAUCAGUGCAGGUUAUGGUGGAAUCGCACAGGAAGAUGAGACCACCUUCUUCCUGGCUGGUUAUCUGGAGGGUUUCCUCACUGCUGGACAGAUGUUCAGCCAUUACUCCAACAUGUACCCUCAGCUGAUAAAGGACGAGAAGGUUCUGAAUCCCUUGAAAAACUUUCUGAGCAAACAGGACCAGUGGGCCAGAGAGCAGGUCAGACUGAGGAGAAACAGCGACCCCUUGUGGAAACAUCUGGGACUGAUCCUGGCCCAGCUGGACGGACUCCACGCCGGAGCUGCACAGUGGGCCAAAAGCAAACACAGAGAGCCUCUGUCAGCAUUCUCUGUCCAGCUCCUCAAUGGUGUCGGUGACCUCCUGGACCUGGUCCCGGCUCUGACACCUCGCUCCAACUCCUCUGCGGGGGCCGGCGCCUUCAGGAUGCCAGGAAUGGGCCACUGCACCGCUCUCAUAAAGGUGCUGCCAGGCUUUGAGAACCUGCUGCUGGGCCACUCUAGCUGGUAUACUUACGCAGCCACCAUGCGUAUCUACAAACACUGGGACUUCAGGGUGUCUGAUGCUCACGCCGCCACCGGAAAGAUGUCGUUUAGCAGCUACCCCGGUUUCCUCAUGUCUCUGGAUGACUUCUACCUUCUUGGGAGCGGCCUGCUGAUGACUCAGACCUCCAUCGGUGUCUUCAAUUCCUCCCUGUUCGCUCAGCUCAGCCCUCACAGCCUGCUGGCCUGGCAGAGAGUCCGCCUGGCCAACAGUCUGGCACACAGCGGAGAGGAGUGGGCUCAGGUUUUCUCCAAAUACAACUCAGGUGGGAUCCCUCAUGAUCUCAGUUAG